GCCGCCGCAGUCGCACACAGUCAUUCGUGUAGUGUACGCGUGUACGUCGACGAGUGUGUUCGUUGUGUUAUUCUCGUCCGCGACGUGUAUUUUUUUUUUUCAUUUUGAAUGUAUAAUAAUAUAACAUUAUAAAUAUUAUAUAUAUCAUCGAUAUAAAAUCGUUAAUUUUUUUUCGACUGUACCGACGCGCGUGUUUCGACUGUGCGCGUAUUAUUCGUAUUUCGUGUGCGCGCUCGUUCUUCUCGACAUACCUACCAAAGGUAUUUACGAUAUUAAUCGUCGUAGAGCAUGCUUUUAACGCGCGCCAUGAUACGCGUUUAAACACAAAGUAUUUAAUCAUCGUGAGUACGUGAAUUUUAAGUGGUUUUUUUUCUCUUCUUUCUUUUUUUUUUUUUUUUUUGGUUUGCGUUUUAAAUCCGUUUUCAGUCGUUUGUUCACUCGAGCCGGUGUUUGGAUACGUUUCCGCGAGUGUUCCCGUAGCAUGCGCGAUUUUCACAGAUUUUCCAACGACCCGUACCGGUGUGUUGAUGGUGUUGUCGUCGACGCGGUCCAGCCGCGACACAUGCCGUCGUCGACACGGCCGCAGCGGCCGCCGGUGAUUGUCGUCGCACGAUCGUCCGCACACUGUGGCCAUGACGUGUUGGCAUUGGACGCGGCGAUAUGAGUACCGUCGUCGCAGUCGACCAGUGACUGGAGCAUCACCGAAAUCGGUAGCAUCAGUAGUAGUGGUAGAAGUAGGAGUAGCAGUAGAAACAGUAGCGAGAACGGCGUAAGACACGAGCCCUCGGCGCGGAAGAGGCGACGGAGAAAACGAAGACGACGCCGAAGACUACCGACGGACGACUCGACCGGCGCGGUCGAGAUGGAAGACGACCACCAAAACGAUCAGCAGGUGAACAACCCGCACAUAAACAAGGUGCUGAAAACGUACCAGAUGAGCGCGCCCAGGAGCCUGCAAGGGCCGAACUCGGUGCUUGACGAACCGUCCGGCGCCGCGGUGGCCGUGUGCUCGCCCAAGGCGCCGAUGGCCGGCGGCGACACCGAGUCCGGCGGCGGCGGCGGCCGGAAGACGCCGGCGCCGGCGCCGCCACCGCCGCCGCCGCUGCACCCGGUGCUGUACGUGCCGGACCAGUCGGGGUGCGAGCUGUUCGAGACGGAGCUGGAAUGGGAGAAGAUCGCCUGCUUCAUGGUGGGCGGCGAGAUGCGGCUGUGCCUGCCGCAGAUCCUCAACACGGUGCUCCGGGACUUCACGCUCACCCAGAUCAACCAGGUGUGCGACGAGCUGCGCAUCUACUGUUCGCGGUGCACGCCCGAGCAGCUGGACAUGCUCAAGCACUGCCAGAUACUGCCGGUGACCGCGCCGUCGUGCGGCCUGAUGACCAAGACGAACGCCGAGCGGCUGUGCUUCGCGCUGCUCCACCGGAUCCCGCCGCCGGCGGCCCCGGUGCCCGAGGACGUGGUCACGUUCUCGUUCGAGGUGUUCCACGACGUGUUCGGCAAGACCCGGGGCGUGUGCAUGCCCGAACUGUACACCGAAAAGUUCUCGGCGUGCAUACAGUGCGUCGAGUGCAAGGCGCUGUUCGCGCCCCAGCGGUUCGUCAACCACAUACACCGGUUCACGGGCACCAACUCGUGCCACUGGGGCUACAAGCGCGAGAACUGGAAAGCGUACGUCAAGGUGUCGCACGGGCACCCGGACUACGCGCAAGUGGUCAACCUGUUCGAAACGUUCAAGGAGCAGAUCGACGAGUCGGCCACCGCUCACUUUUCGUCGAGGAAACGAAAGCAGUUGAUGGAACUUGUGCCCGUUUCUUGUACGGUUCGUCCGUCCAGAGCCGAGACACCGCCGCCGUCGCUGAAGAGGACAAAGCUCGAAGACGCGCCGCCCGCGGUGCCUACGGCGGCCUACUAUUCGGCGCUGGGCAUGGCGCCCACGCUGCCUAACUACAUGGUGGACCCAUUUCACUAUUUCUACGGUGCUUGGGUUCCGCCGCCUGCGGCCAUGUACAUGAACAAUACGCAUCAUCUGUACAGAAACGACAGUUUGAUAAAGAGGGAGAGACCGCCCAGGCUAGUGGACCCACAAAAAGUCAUAUCGCACACGCAGUCAGAACAAUUCGGCCGGAGUUUUCAGCCGAACGUCGCGUUGGCGCCUCCCACUAAACACAACGGCAAUGCUAACGCCAGCAAUAUCCUGAACCAUCAUCACAACCAUCACUAUCAAAAUUCCAACAACGUCAACAAUAACAAUAACAAUAACAGCAGCAAUAACAACAACAACACUGCCAAACCGACGGUGAAGUUCAAAGACAAAGACGACGGCGAACAGGAAAACAAAGAUAUUAUCCCGACUCAAGAGUCCGAUAGGAGAUACAACAGUGUCGCCGCCAGUGUCAUGGAACAAGUGGCCGCUGUUUUGGAUGCCUUGAGCGAUGCAAAGGAGACUACGCGACAACAAGUGAUCGGAUUGGUAGAGCGGAUUGCUCUGCGGCUUGAAAAAGUCGAAUCGAAAAAUCAGCAACUCGUCCGAGAGAACGAAAUACUUAAGAACCAAUUGAACACGAAGAGGCAUACGAACAAAGAAGAUCCGUUAAUAGUAGACGACUGUACGAUGAUUAAAUGGGAAAACAACGGUGGUAUUGAUCAAGAACUUAUUAAAUCCAAUAGUUUGCCAUUAAUGAACAAGAGGUGUAGUCCAGUAUCAGUGAUAACCUCACCACCAUGUCAACCCAAAACACCUCCACCUCAUAAUCUGCAGUCAAAUAUCAUGGCCACCACCACUGCUACUAUCACAGCCACCUCAGUGUUGAUCAAAUCGGAAUCCAUCGACUGAUUAUUAUAAUUGCAGCCUGUUUUUUACUUAUUAUUAAUUAUUAUUAUUUAAUUUAAUAUUGCUACCACCGACAAUUGAUCUCUCCUUAAAAAAAAAAUAAAUAAAUAAUAAAAGUAAAAAAUAAUAUGUAUAAAUUAUACAAGCUUUUUAUAACAUUUAUUCAAUACUACAAGUAUAAUAUAUGUACAUAAAUAUAUAUAAAGUUAUAACAAUAAUUGGCAUUAUUGUUAUUAUUUUAUGUCUAACAAUAAUAUGUUGUUGAAUUUUCUUGUCUUAUGUAAAUAAUCUGAUUUUAAAUAUUGUUAAUUUGAUUUUCUUAAUUUCCUGACAAUUUCUUCUUAGUUUGUAAAAUUUAAUUUUCUUUUUUGUUAUGAAUUUUUAGUUUAGGAUUAUUUUUAUUUAUUUAUUUGAUUUUUUUUUUGUUAUUCGUUUUAAAUUAUUUAUGUUAAAAGUUGCUGUGCCAAUUUUUUGUUUGUUUUUAUUUUUCAAUAAUUAUUAGAGAAAAAAAUAGGAAUGAUAUAAUUUGAAAAAAAAAAUAGAUCAUGGUUAUGAAAGAGCUCAAUUUAAUACUUGAUUUUCCAAUAUUUGUAGGGCGUUAUUAGUUGACCUGUAAAAUUUAAAAACAUAAUAUUUUCUGUUAAGUUACAUAGAAACUUUGGCAACCGAUUAAAGCAGUACAUUGACUCAACAACCAUUUUGGAAAUUUUUUGUUAAAUGCUGAGGUUUCUUUUCAUUUUCAACAUAUUGUAAUUAAUGGAAUAUUUUGAUAAUACGUGCUUUUUUAAUACAUUUAAUUAAAUAGUAAAUGAACGAAUUUGUAUACAUAAUUUUAAUAUUAACUCACGAAAAAAAAAACAAUAUUAAUUUGGAAAAAGUCAGUAUUCCUAAAUUUUUUUUUGCAGUGUCUAAUUAUUAUUUAUUUGCAUACAUAUUACAUAUAAUAUCGCACCAAAUAUAAUAAUAAAAAAAGCAAUCACGUAUAAGAUAAUAUUUAUACAUUUCCUAGUACUUUAAUAUACACAUAAAAGUAGAUAAAGUUUAAUGAUUUUAAGUUGACAACGUAGAAUAAGUAUUAUGUUUUAAAAUAUAUGUAUAUAUUUAUAUAUAUAAAAAAAAUUAUAAUUAUGAUUAUAGUUUGGAAGAACAAUAUACCCUUUUCCCUCGGGCUAGAGAAUAAUUCAGUACAAAUUAGUAAGUGCCUUAAUUCUGCAAUACUAUACACUAACCUUACAUAAAAAAAAAAAAAAAAUUAAAAAUAAUAAGCAUAAAUAAUAUAAUAUAGUUUAUGUAUGUUUCGCAUGCACUAUAAUAAUUAUCGGAUUUUAUUAGGCUUAUAAAAAAAAAGAGAAAAAGAAUGUUAUUUUAGAAAUCAUGGUAGAUUGAUUUAUUAUUAAGUGAGUUUUUUUUUGUUAAUGUUGGCGUGCAUUGUUGUGUCAUCCAAAAAAUUUUUCAUUAUGUCUAAUGUAUUUCAAGUAUGCAAAUUAAUAAUAAGAAUAUUAGUACCUAAUAGCAAUGUGUAUCAAAUAUAACAUGCAGGUUGAUGAAAAAUAUGUAAUUCUAUUAAAUUUAACUAUACCUAUUAUUGUUUAAUUAAAAAUAAUAUAGUAUGUUACCACACAGUUUUAAUAUGUACCUGAUGUGAAAGCCAGUAGGUAAUUUAUAUAUAAAAUAUAUACUAUUAUAAUGUAUAUUAUAUAGGUAUACUUAAAGAUUUUUCAUACAAUUUUUACAAACAAUGAAUAUUAAGAUCCCCUUUUUUUCUUUUAUGUAUUUAAGUAAAUGUCGAGUCUUCCUUAAAAAAGAAAACAUAAAAAUGAGCAAAUAACUCGAAUUCUGUAAUAAAUUAAACAUUUUCAUGCUGUAUCAGUUUAUUUUUUAUUUCUAUCUUGUGCAAUUUAACUAAAUGAUGUCGAAACACAAUGAUAAUAUAUCGUAAAUAUAUUUAUUAGUUGUAAUAGUUUGUUGAAUAUGUAUAUUUAAUAUUUACUAAAGGAGUAGAAUAAUAUAAUAUACCUAAUAUUAUAAUAGUAUAACACAUUUUUAUUCAACUUGACUGGAAAUCAAAAACAACCAUUGUGUUCACAUAAAUUUUUCUCAUUAUUAUUUAAUGUUAAUUGACAAAACUGUGUAAUAAUAUUGAUUUUGAAAUUUUAAUGUUCUUAUGUAUAUUUUGUUGUUGAUGUACAGACUUUUUUUUUGUAACUUAGAGUUUUUCUAACUCUGAUAUGAAAUGAAAUAUUUAGCUAUUUCAUUUUACUAUCAUUAUUAUUAUUAUUAUUAUUAUUAUUAUUAUUAUUUUUUGUAAUGAUGUUAAGUUUUUUUAAGUAACUUAUAUUAGGUAGUUUUUUAACUGUGCCAAGCUUUGUUAGCACUUUUUAAGCAAAACCGAGUCAUUAAUUUUUUUUUUUUGUAUAUAUUAUACUGCCUGUACCAAAUACAUUGUAUCAUAAUAUACAUGAUUAUAUGGUGUA